AUGAAAUUUAGUUUACCGUUAAAAAAACCAACAUCAGCCAACAGCUCAAGCAAUGUGGUCAAUAAAAUAGAUCAAAAUGCUAUUAAAAACGUUUCUGUCUGCUUUGCAUCUUCAGAAAGUGACAUUAAACCUGUCCCAAAAGCCAAACAACCAUUAAAUUUCACUGAUGACCCCGAAAAGCAAACUACAAUUGCAAGUGAGACUUGCCCAUUUCAAUUGAAAAUUAAAUUUAAGGAAUCGACGGAAGCCCUUGAAGACCAAAUUCUAACUCAAUAUGACGAAUUUGUAGAACCCAGCAAAGAGGCUAGCUUCAAGCCUGUGUAUUUAAACGUUGGGAAUAAGGAUGAAACCAUAAAACCAGAGGAACGGCCUAAGGCUCGAUAUAUUGAGAAGCUGGUUAAAACAGCCCAAAAGAGGGAAAUUGAACGAGAUCUAAUCAUCGGGAAGAAAGAACGAGAGGGGGCUCAAGGUGAUGUGUUCGUCACAAACGCAUAUCGCAAAAAGCUGGAAGAGAGGGAGAAGAUCAUACAGAAAAUGAUGGAACAGGAUAAGUCUGAUGAGAUUGAGGCAAUGAAUAAGAAUUUAUCUGCACUACAUAAAAAUAUGUUAGAUUCUGAAGGUUGGAAAAGGAGACACACGUAA